UACAUAUAUGUACGUGUCUAUACAAGAGAGCGUAGCGGGUGUCGAAUGCGAAUAUGACCAGUUGGCUUUCACGGCCUCAACGUGCAGUCUGACUUCAGACUCCCAAAGUGGAAGUCGUUUUGCAGAGAAAAUAUUUAAAACUUAAAACAAAAUUAAAUAUAGUGGGCUACUGCCAGGAAUGCUUAUAUUAUUUUAAUAAAAUAUAUUUUUGUUUAAUCUUGUUUGUAAUGCGGACGUGAAAAAAUAAAGCAAAGAAAACCUUGAACCAAGAGAGUGACACCAGAAUAAAAUUAGCACAUACAUACAUACAUAUACAUAUAAUAUACUGAAAGUACGUACUUUGUACAAUUGUAAACAAAGAUUAUAUAAAUUAUACAACACAAAAUUAACAGCGGUCGAUUGUUAAAAUCCCUUUGUACUCAAUAAUAGAGGUUAAAAAUAUGUGGUAAAUACCUUUUGUAUCAACGCCAGCAGCUACAGCAAUCAAGAAAAAGUAAAAUAUAAAAAAUAGACAGCCAACAAGCAAAAUAAGAGAGAGGCGAACUCACGCGCAUGUUUUAUUUAGUUAUACGCACCAACAAAUGUGAUAGAGAAAAUCAACAAAAUUAACGAAUAUUGUAAAUAAAAACAAAAGCGACUGCGGUAUAUCUACAUAUAUACAUACACACACGCAUACAUAUGUACAUAAGAAAGAAACUUGCAAAAUAAUAAUAACAAAAAAUUAAAAUUAAAUAUAAUAAAAUGGAGUUAAAUAUGUCUGAACAAAGUGAACGUCUGAAUCCUGAAAAUGGACAACUGUCGAGAAAAUUUGAACUAACUCAUGGCACUAAAUUGUCCUUGCACGAGGCAACGGAUGUACUCAAGAAACCACAAUGGAGCGCCCUGAUAGCGUUGGUGGGCUUUGCCGCCACACUCGGCUCUGCAGUUCCAGUUGGUUACUGUAUCGGUGUUAUCAACGCACCGGCAACGAUUAUAAAGGCGUGGUGUAAUGAAACACUGCAUGCGCGUUAUGGUGCUAAUCUAAGUGCUUCCAGUUUAGAACUGCUAUGGUCAUCGGUGGUAUCGAUUUUUCUAAUAGGCGGAGCUAUCGGCUCGCUUGGAGGGGCUAAUGCAGCCAAUAAAUUCGGCAGAAAAGCUUGCUUUCUCAUCAGUGGCGGCCUAUUCACGUUUGGAGCGAUUCUCUUUUUCUUCUGCCACGCUGCCGGCUCUGUGGAAAUGCUCUUACUUGGCCGUUUGAUAGUCGGUCUCGCUUCUGGCCUAACAACAGCCAUAUUGCCGAUGUACCUCACCGAAAUUGCGCCACUUCCACUGCGUGGCACAUUUGGCGUCUUUUGCGCCAUUGGUGUGACUGGUGGUGUCGUGGUGGGGCAAGUAUUUAGUUUGCGUUAUAUCUUCGGUACGGAGGAGCUGUGGCACUAUGCCUUAAGCUUUUACAUCCUGUUGGUGGCAGUAUGCUACCUACCGGCAUACUACUUUCCGGAGAGUCCGAAAUAUCUUUACAUUGUACGUGGCGAUCACGAGCUGGCUCACAGUGAACUACGUCGCCUAUGUAAGGGACCCAAUGCAUUGGUUUUGAUCAAUCAUGAAAUCGAUGAGAUGGAAGCCGAAGCGAAUACUAAAGUGCAAACACGCAGCUUCUUUUCGGUGCUACGUGAUCCGUCCCUGCUGCUGCCUUUGAUAAUUGUCUGCGCAUUUCAAGGCGGUCAACAGUUGUCUGGCAUCAAUGCGAUCUUCUACUAUUCUGUAUCAAUUUUUGAGAAAGCUGGACUUUCCACAGCCGAUGCGGAAUGGGCGAAUUUGGGCGCCGGUUGCCUUAAUUUGUGUGUGUCCCUAAUGGGUCCAUUGUUGAUGUCAAAGUUCAAUCGUCGUCCGUUGAUGUUGUUCUCCAGCGCUAUUUGUGCAGGCUUCCUUUUUACGAUCGCUUUUGUUUUGUACUAUAUCGAUACAUCCAGCUUGUUCCCGAUGUUCUGUAUUGUUUGCGUUAUGGGCUACAUUUUCUUCUAUCAGUUCGGCUUGGGUCCCAUACCAUACUUCAUUGGUUCAGAACUCUUUGAAGUCGCUCCCCGAUCGGUGGCCAUGUCGAUGGGCAGCUUGUCGUCUUGGGUUUGUAAUUUCACAGUCGGCAUGGCAUUUCCAUCGCUACAGAAUCUAUGGGGUGCUUUCGUUUUCUUGCCAUUCUCUGUAGCGUGUUUACUGCUCUUCCUGUUGACGAAAUUCUAUUUGCCAGAGACGCGUGGUCGUGAUCCGUCUGAAGUGGCGCCACUUGUUGCCAAAGGUUUCCGCUCGAAGGUGAAGUAAAUCAUGAGUGCAGCAACCAUGACAAAGUGAUAAAUCAAUCGAUAUGUGUGUAAGGUUAUGGUUAAUAAGUUAUACAGUGUUUAUAUUUUUUUUUAAUUACAAAUGACAUUGAUUUAUUUAACAUGUACGCACAAUUACUUUUAGAUUAAAUUUUUUAAUUUUUAAAAUUGUUUAAAUUUAAGUUAUCUAAAAUUUGUUUAAAAGCCUUAUCCUUAAGGAAAAAGAAAAUAGCAGAAACUAAUUGGCUACGGCGACUGCAUGCAACUAUAAAACAUGAAGCUAUGUAUGUAUGCACCUGCGCUAGUGCAAGGGAAAAUAUAUGAAAAUAUAAAAUAUCUGUUGACUUUCAAUCCUAUGAAUGCAAAACUGUAAAUGAAAAGUUUAUACGUAUGUAUGUAUACACAGAUAUGUAUGUACAUACUAAUAAAACCUUGUAUAUGUACAUAUGUAUACUAGUAUGACUGUUCCGUCAAAAAUGAAAAAAUUAACAGUGUUCCAUAAAAAUGCAACUCAACUACCUUAAUAAAAACUAUUUACUCAAGACAAAUAUAGUUUGUAUAAAAA